AGGACGUGAUAAUGCAAGAGAAUCGACUGUAUUUGGUGUUUGAGUUCUUGUCGAUGGAUCUGAAGAAGUAUUUGGACUCAUUUCCCAACAAUAAACUCAUGGAUGAAAGUCUAGUAAAAAGCUAUUUCUAUCAAAUAUUGGACGCAAUAGUGUUCUGUCAUUCGCGACGUGUUAUCCAUCGGGACUUAAAGCCACAGAAUCUAUUGCUCGACUCCAAAGGUGUCAUAAAACUGGCCGACUUUGGUUUGGCCCGAGCUUUCGGUAUACCUGUGCGCGUCUACACCCAUGAAGUGGUCACUCUUUGGUAUCGGGCGCCCGAAGUCUUAUUGGGUGGUCAGCGGUACUCAACACCGGUUGAUAUCUGGAGUAUUGGCUGCAUAUUCGCAGAGAUGGCCAACAAAAACCCCUUAUUUCACGGCGACUCUGAAAUCGAUCAGUUGUUCAGAAUAUUUCGGUACAGAAUUUGCAAUUUUUUAACUCUGGGCACUCCCGAUGAGGAAUGUUGGCCGGGAGUGACACAAAUGCCAGACUAUAAGCAGUCGUUCCCACUUUGGAAGAAAAACAUUAUCGGAACUCUGGGCACUCCCGAUGAGGAAUGUUGGCCGGGAGUGACACAAAUGCCAGACUAUAAGCAGUCGUUCCCACUUUGGAAGAAAAACAUUAUCGGGUCUCUAAUGCCGAACACACAACAGCCGGGAAUAGAGUUACUUCAGAGUAUGUUGAUAUACGACCCGCACAAACGUAUAUCAGCCAAAGCGGCUCUAAAGCACCCAUAUUUCGACGACUUAGAUAAGGCUUCACUUCCGGCCGCCGCCUUGUCUUCAGGCAAUUAAGACUAUUAUGUAAAUAGAGUUUUAAGAUUAUUAAUAAUCAGUAUUAUUACAACUUUCCAUAAAAGCCAUCCAUUGAAAGCCAAAUAUUAUUUGUGUUCAAGAAUUUAAUGACUUUUUCCUAACAUAUCUUAAGCACUACUUAAAAGUCAUUUAAUGGUUUAUUUAAAGCAUUAUUUUUCUAUUAAAAUAUAAUUAGUAUUAAAAUGUGGUCAAC